CACCAUUGUCAAACCUGACCAGCAAUCAGCACCAGUCCUCCAUUCACCCGUGAUCCUACUCUUGAAGCUCGCCACGUGAAAGAAUACCCUGUGGGCCCGGCCACCGAGAAUGAGGUUACUAGACGUGAAAGCUGCUCUCGACCGGGAAACGCACAUCCAGCAGGCCGACCCCGAAUGUGAAAUCCUGAAGGAGCUUGACCAUAAAGGCACUCGCUAUGCCAUACUGUCACAUCGCUGGGGCGACGAGGUCGGUUACGAAGAGAUGACUGGGCUGAUGAAGAUGGAGGAGCGGAAGAGGGACGCAGUCAGGCAACGCAACGGCUACCAAAAGAUCAUCAAGAGCUGCGAGCAGGCCUCGAAGGACGGCUACGAGUUGUUAUGGAUCGAUACCUGUUGCAUCGACAAACGGAGCAGUUCAGAAUUAUUGGAGGCUAUUAAUUCAAUGUAUCGAUGGUACCAAAAUGCACAGGUGUGCUAUGCGUACCUCCACGACGUCGAUGAGUCGGCCUUCCCUACCGAGCGAGACCGCGACAAGUUCAGCGAGUCCGACGGUUGGCCGGAGUGGUUCAUGCGGGGCUGGACACUGCAAGAACUCAUCGCGCCGAAGCAGGUCGAAUUCUUCAACAAGGACUGGGCGCCCAUUGGCAACAAACGACACCUUGCAUCUACGUUGGAGUCGGUAACGGGCAUUCCUUGGGAAGUUUUGAGGAAUGGUCUGGGUGCGAAGCGACUCAGCGUCGCACAAAUCAUGUCGUGGGCUGCCGGCCGCAAGACGACGCGCGUAGAAGAUCGGGCAUACUCACUGAUGGGAUUGUUCCGGGUUAACAUGCCCAUGUUGUACGGCGAGGGCAAAAAGGCAUUCCAGAGGCUACAACUGAAAAUCAUCCGCGUAUCCAGCGAUCAUAGCAUAUUCGCAUGGAAUCCAAGUGGACCGCGGACAGGCAGUGUCCUGGCUGAGGAUCCGAGCGACUUUCGGGAUAGUAGCUUCAUCAAAAUAGUGAAACCCGACAAGUUUAUUGACAACCUAAUGACACUCAUUGAACGGAACGCACUCGACGGCCCCUGGCACCCCCAGCAUAAUUCCAGAACCAACCCGAUACAUUGGUGCAGAAUUGCAUGGUUGAGGUGGCGUGCCCGCGCGAUCAGCCACCAACUUCGCACAAUCUCUGUCACCAGUUCAGGUAUCCAACUAUAUUGCCAUGCGGCUAUUUCCCUUUCACCAUUGAUUUGGUAUCCUCUGGAUCCAACUUUGAGAGGACUUUUGCAACUGCUCGUCCUUUGGCCCGCCUUACCACAUAUCCAGAAUUCAAGACACUCUAUCUUACUUAUCAUCAAGACGCCAAUGAGACACACCGAGAGUUUGCACUCGACGACGAGUAUGCCUCAUACCACGGAUUCGCUCGCUGCGGUACCUACCCGCGCGAGUUUACAGGCGACACCGUUACACUCUCAUCUCUUACAGAUGAUCUCAUCGUUAUAGUGUAUGCCAAUGACGACGCCAGGUCUCGCUUUGCAGUCGGCCUCGGAUACUACCUCGGCCAAGGAUGGGUGCACGUUGUCUAUGAUGGAUGCUCCCCAACUCAGGACUGGACGCCAUGGUCAAAAUUUGCCUCUGGGGCAUAUCGGCGAAUGUGGGGUGCACGUGCAGAACAUGCUCGCAGCAUGCCCAAACAAGAA